UUUUUGGUAUACCGCCGGAGGACCGAACACGAGAGCAGGAAAAAACUCCCACUCAUUGAGCUUGCUACUCUCUCUCUCUCAUCGAGGCGGCGGCGCAAGGAAGAAGGAAGACAUGGGCGCGCCGAAGAAGGCCCCGGCCAGGGCGGUCUCGGACGAUCCCGAGGACCUGGCGAGCGUGCCGCUCCAGGCGGUGCUGCUGGCCGACAGCUUCGCCACCAGGUUCCGCCCCAUCACCCUCGAGCGCCCCAAGGUGCUGCUGCCAUUGGUAAAUCUCCCGAUGAUAGAGUAUACACUAGCAUGGCUUGAAUCUGCUGGUGUUGAGGAAGUUUUUUUAUUCUGCUGUGCUCACGCCAAGCAAGUGAUAAGCUACUUGGAGAAUUCUCAGUGGUAUGCGCAACCAAAGUUUAAAGUCACAACGAUUGAGUCGCACAAUUCUGUUAGUGCAGGAGAUGCUCUUCGAUUGAUUUACGAGCGUAAUGUGAUACAUGGGGAUUUUGUCCUUAUCAGUGGAGAUACACUAAGCAAUAUGUCAUUGAUGAGGGCACUCCAAGAACAUAAGGAGAGAAAGAAAAAGGAUAGUAAUGCUGUAAUGACCAUGGUCAUUCAACGAUCAAAACCGUCUCCAAUCACUCAACAAUCUCGUCUUGGAACAGAUGGGCUGUUUAUGGCUAUAGAUCCUACUACAAAGCAGCUGCUCUAUUAUGAGGAGAACACAAACCAUUUAAAAGGGACUUUGUCUAUUGAUAAGAUGCUGCUGGUGGAUAAUAGCUCAAUCACUCUUCGUAAUGAUAUCCAGGAUUGCUAUAUAGACAUCUGCUCUCCUGAAGUACUCAGUCUCUUCACUGAUAAUUUUGACUAUCAACAUCUUCGUCGGCAUUUCAUGAAAGGACUGCUUGUUGAUGAUAUUAUGGGUUACAAAAUUUUCACUCAUGAAAUUCACUCAAGCUAUGCGGCUAGAGUUGACAAUUACCGAGGUUAUGACACCAUCAGUAAGGACAUAAUUCAGAGGUGGACAUACCCACUGGUUCCUGAUGUGCUGUCUUUGGGGAAUUCUGCUACUAAUCUUGAAAGACAGGGAAUGUAUCGAGCAUUUGAAAUAGGGCAAUCCAGGUCUGCACAAAUUGGGCCACAUACAGUUAUUGGUACUAACACCACAAUUGGAAGCAACACCAAGAUUACAAAUUCAGUAGUUGGAAAGAAUUGUGCGAUUGGAUCAAAUGUCUUAAUAGAAGGUUCUUACGUAUGGGACAAUGUCACUAUUGAAGAUGGAUGUGAGCUAAGGCAUGCAAUAGUUUGCGAUGGAGUAAUAAUGAAGUCGGGGUCAGUUUUGAAACCUGGCGUAGUAUUGUCUUUUAAGGUUGUCAUUGGACAAAAUUUUGUUGUUCCGCCAUAUUCAAAGGUAUCUUUACUUAAGCAACCAACCAAGCAAGAUAGCGAUGAAGAACUGGAAUAUGCUGACAAUGACAGUGACACUCUGGAUCCCGCAGCUACUCGUACGAUGGACAAGCUAAAUGGAGAUUCAUCGUUGGAAUUUUCUGAGAUGCAAGACCAUGUUUCGUCAGAGCUUGGCUAUGGUGGUGCGGGUUACAUUUGGUCCAUAUGUGAAGGAUCUCAUGAAGAAGAAUGGAGGCAUUCGGUUGCUCCUAUUCCUCCUGAGAAAGUUGCAGAGAUUACUCAAGUGAUAGAAGAUGAUCUGGAGCUUGUUAGUCAAGAUAGCAAUGCUCCAGCAUCAUCUGGAGAACUGAAACCUGACACUCAAAUUAAUGCUGAAGACGAUGCAGUUUACUUUGAGAAGGAGGUUGAGGCAACUUUCCUGAGGGCUGUAAAUGAAAAUGUUGAAGUAGACCAUGUAAUUUUAGAAGUGAACUCUCUGCGGUUGUCAUACAAUAUGCAAGCUGCAGACUGUGCUGGUGCCAUAUUUCACUCCAUGAUGAAAUUGGCUUUGGAUGCUACACAUAGUUCGCAGAAUGAGUUAUUGCGUAAUGUCCAUGAGACGGUUAACACUUGGCAAAAACUAUUGAAGUCCUACCUGCCAGGCAAAGAUGAGGAGAUUGAAGUGAUACUGAAGUUUGAAGAGAUAUGUCUGGAAUCUGUGAGGGAGCUAUCUCCAUUGUUUACACAGAUUUUGCACCUUCUAUAUGAGAAAGACAUCAUAACAGAAGAGGCUAUCGAAGAUUGGGAAUCUGAGAAGAAAGAUGCUGAUGAAGCAGACAGAGUCUUUGUUAAGCAAGCCGAGAUAUUCCUUAAAUGGUUGAGAGAGGCAGAAGAGGACGAUGAAGAGGACGACGAAUGAUGCAGAACAUCAACUUCUGUUAUAUCCUUUCGUGUGGGCACCGAGCAAUGGAAACAUUAAAUCCAUGUAAAAUAUUCCAGGAUGACAAAUUUUGGUAGGGGAAGGGUUUCGUCUGAACUCUUCCAAUUUGAUGUACUAAUAAUAUUCACUGAGGUUAUAUAGUUGAUUUUUGAAUGUUAAAGAGGAUUGAAAACUGCAAA